AUGACUGAAAUGCAAGGCGUCCAGGGCGAGGAUGGCACGGGGCGCGUCUUUGAAGAGAAAUUGUCGGAGAAAAUGCCCAUUCCUUCAGGAUCAGGGUCCCCAGCGGCGCCUCUCAACCAGUUGCGCAUCGAUACCCAGGCGGGUGAUCCGGUUCGCAACAGCGCUUCGGAGUACUCGGCGCUACGCAGCCCAGAGGGAAUGAUGAUCCCGGAGGUCGUGGGGCCUCAACAGGUUACACGCACACUGCCCGCAUGGGUUCGAUCAAUCGAGAUCGAGGUGGACGACGACGACGAAGCAACCGUCACCGAUCGCCUGCUUCCUCCCCAACCGAACGACGCGCUUGUCGCUCAACACAAUCAUUCACCCUCUACGGCCCGGCGCGAAUGUUCCGAGUCGCGCGAUCAGAGGCUCCUCGGAGAAGAUAGGUCGGCCUCGCAAGACCGCGAAUCGCGCUGGAUAACAUUCUCACGCGCGAUUCAAUACCCCCGGGAGACAGGCAGAGAGGGGAAUCAAGUGACACCGGAAUGGAUGGAUAAGAACCAUGGCGAUUACUCGCAGCCAUGGCGCGGCCAGCUCUUGGAUGGCGACAGCCCGGAAUAUCCAUUGCACACCGCGAGCCGUCGUCGGGAUGCCUGGUUCAAGCGCUUCCACAGUUCCCUGCUCAAGAGCCCCGUUGUGCCUCUGAUUCUGCGUCUGACGGUCUGGUGCUUCUCGCUUUCGGCACUGGCGCUGGGCGGGUCCAUCCAGAAAAUCGCCGACGGAUUGCACCGUCCUCAGGGACCGUCGGCCUUGAUGGCCAUUAUUGUUGAUGCGGUGGCCUUGGUCUAUCUUGUCUACAUCACGUUCGACGAGUACACGUCCAAACCCCUGGGUCUACGGUCCCCCACCGCCAAAGCACGUCUGAUUUUGCUGGAUCUCAUCUUCAUUGUUUUUGAUUCGGCCAAUCUGAGUUUGGCAUUUGCUUCCCUCUCGGAGGUGACUGGCUCUUGCAAGGUCGCCGAGGUGAACCAUAAGUGGGUGCCGAAGAAUGAUGCCAUCUGUAGUCGACAAAAAGCUCUUGCAUCUGUCCUGUUGGUAGCGCUGCUAGCUUGGCUUAUGACAUUUGCCCUCAGUGUUCUCCGGCUCGUUGAAAGAGUGGCCAAGUGA